AUGGGGGGCGUACAGUCGGCCAACAUUGGCCGGGAAGAUCAAGCGUCCGAAAGAGACAAUGCCAACGGAGAGACGAUGCUGGUCACGCUUCAGCCGGAAGUUGCCGAUAUAGCGAAACUGGACGACGAACCACGCGAGACUGAGGAACCACAGGACGAACCGGUAACCGAAACCCCAGGCGAUGCAAAUGCGUACGACAGCGAUGAUAGCAUGACGGAACAGUGCCGAGCCCGGAAAAUGACAGCCGAGCUGGCCAGUUUCCGAUGCAACCUGCAACAGAAGCGGCUGGUGCACCAAGCCAAGCUGGGAGCUGUGCGGGAUGAAUUAGAGCAGCUCAGGGUGGCGCUGGCCGAGGAGAAAAGCCGCAACCGGGCGUUGAUCAAGUACGUUCAGCAGCACGAACAGCAAGCGCCAUCAACGGCGCCGUUCGAGACACCAUCACUGGAGCCGGAGAACGAUCGAGAGAAUGCGGAAGCUGCGGAUCAGAGUUCGUCGUCCCAGGAACAAAGCGAAGAGGGUGAACGUUCCGGUCACGAUGAGCGCUUGAUGUUGAAGAGAGAACUCGCUGAAUCGCAGCACGCCCUACAAUGCGCGACCGGUGAGCUGCUAGAGGUGCGCCAGGAGCUGGCUCAGUUGCGAACGCGACUUCGCGCGCAGCAGGACGAAGCCCUUACUGAGAGCACGCGACAGGGUGACGCGGCACGAGCACUGAAAGCGGAACUAGCCGAGACGCAGUUCCGGCUGCAGAUCUCCCAGGCCGAGACGUUGUCACUGCAGACCGACGUGGAUCAGCUGCGGAAUCAGGUUAAAUCGCUCAAGGACGUCAUUAAGGCGGGAAAGGAGAUCAUCGCCAUACGCGAGGAUCAAGUCGAACAGUUGAAAGGAAAGCUGCGCCAGAUCGAGGACACCCUACAGGAACGGGAACUACAGAUUAUGUCCGACGAUCUUCGUCGGGAGUAUGAUCGACAGUUGACGAACAUUCGUAAUCUAAGAGAUUUGUACGAGGAGCGCGAACGUGUCUCGAGGAUGGAGCGUGACAAUUUGGUCCGCCAGUUGGACCUAAAGAAGAACGAGCUGGCAACCGAACAGGAGAAGAAUAAAAAUCUGGAAGCGCUCGUAGAAAGCCUGCAAGGCGAUCUGACCCUUUUGCGGGGAGAACUAGAGCAGACACAAGAGAAGCUGACCCAGUCGCAGGUCGACUCAAAACAGCUGCAGCUUGAGAUGGGUGUCGUGAAUCAGUUCAUCUCAAAGUUCUUGCUCGGCAUGAGCCGCAAACCGACCGCGAACGAUAUCAACAUCGACAAACUAGCGGCCGUGCUGGAGGAAAAUCGCGACCUACUGAUCGAAAUGACCAAGGACGAGGCGGAAACCGUCGACACAGGCGCGUUUCUUCCACGCGCUCUCUACGACUUGAUCGCGGAAGUGGACGAAAAAGAUGAUCAGGAGCACGACGAAGGCGAGUCGAGCGAAGAGGACGAGUUUACCGACGUGCAGAAAGCUUCCCCGGAACAAAUUGCUGACAAGCUGCCAAAAGUCUGGCGGGUGUUGAUUGAGCUGGUGAAUCACCAAGAACGAGCGCAGCAGGUGCCGUUUGUGGAGGGUGGCGAAAGCGAAGAAUGCCUCAAGUCGGUGCAGACACGUAACGGCCCAAAAACAGUCGUCAGUGUCAGCAAGACGUACAUCAAGCUGAAGGAUCUGAUCCUGGAGAAAAAAUCCCUCAAGAAGGAAACUAACCGGCUACGGACGCUGAACUCACACCUAGAACGGAGACUUGAUUCACAGGAGAAGCGCCUCAGUGCUGUGAGCUUGGAGCUGACGAAAACAUGGCACCUGGUGGGAAAAAUGCAGCGCCAGCAUCGUCAGCUGCACACGCAGGAGCAAAUAUUGCGCUACCAUCUCCAGCAGAAGCGACGUUUGCUAAGUGAACUCAAGGAAGAGCUCGAGUACUGCCGGCUGAAGUGGUCGGCCGCACGGCAGAAGAACAUAGAGUCCGAGGAUCAAUGGAAGUCACUGAAGGCAGAUUUUGCCGCCCGACGUAAGCAGGAUUCACUCAACAACUCGGGUGAAAGUGGUUACAGCGACGAGCAGCCGUCGGACGAAGAAGAAACCGUAAACCGGAAGCCGGUUGUUGCUAAUCAGCUUCCACCACCAAAAGCGGGCAGCAGUAGCGGACCUGGUGGGCCUUUAAUGCCAAAGGGAUGGACCCAAACAUCGACAGUCCGCUUGCUUAGUGGCUCGUACUCGAACAUCUUUCAUCUCGCUUCGGUUGUAAGCGUGCUGCGGAAGGCUCGCAGCGAAUCCGACAUGAAAUCGCUCGAGAACGUGGAGCGAGCGAAUCGGUUUUGUAACGAAAAGAUCGACGACUUGCCCAUCUUCCCUUACGAGGAAGAUGGACCUGAUGACGCUGGACCGGCAGAUGAAAUGGAACCGGUGGCGUCACGGAAGAAGCGCAAAUCGGCAUCAAAGAAGGGCAAAAAGCGUCAUAACAACCCGGGUAAGCCCGAAUCGGCUCAGGACAUGUUCCUACGGCUGAUGAACCUUGUGGAGGACGUCGGGGACGCCGGUGAGCAGGACGAUGAGGAUUCUGCCGAGGACGACGAUGGUGAGGAGCAAGAUCGGGACGAAGGAACUGGUACGGGGAAUGAUGACGCCGAAGGCGAGUACAGCGAGAAUGAAAGUGCAAGUGAGCUAAGCGAGGAGGAACUGGAAUGCUUGGAACUGGCCACGGGCGGUUCACCAGCUACGCAGGAACGCCUUUCCCAAGCGAACGUCUCGUCACACUCGGACGCCGAUCGGGAGCUGUCAAGUGAGGAGCUGUUCCAGCGUAAACGUGAAGCUCGUCUUCAGCGAAUGGCCGAGCUGAAUUCUAGGCUCGACCGGUACUCAUCACCGACACCAACGACGGGUUCCUCGACAGAUACACCAACAACGUCUCGGGCGGGUGAACCGGAAACGGAUGAUACGCACGUGGUGUUGAGUGAGGACGAACAGAAAUACCUUCAGCGACGUGCCGAACGCCUGGAGCGACUUGAACGAGAAGCGAAGGAGUUUCGCAAUAGGCUUUCGAAAACGGUUCACCGUGGGACGGAAAUCGCGGCACAAAUCGAUGAGAUUCACAGUGGAUUCGUGGCACGGCAAUCGGAAGCAUCACCCGUUGCUGGAUGCUCGAGUGAGGCCAGCAGAGUGGACCUAACCUGUCUGUCGGACAGAGAACGGGAAUAUACGUCAGCUCGGGCUGAACGGCUCGAGCGGCUCGAAAACGAAAGCCAGCAAUUGUUGCGGCAAAUGAACAAAACAGUACGUCGAGGAUCUAGCCUUACGACCAAGCUGGACAUGUUACACACCCGGUAUGGCUACUCGGUGGAUAAUGAGCCCGUUGCCACGCACGUUGAAAAGGCUUCAAAUGCCAGCGUCGAAUCUGAGCGUUCGGAAUGCCAGGAUGCAGCUCGUACAGACGAGCCAGCACUUCCUGUGACAGAGGAGCUGGUGGAAGAACAGGAGGACGAACAAUUUCCUAUCACUGGACCAUACCUGCCCAUGGGACCAAUCGAGUUGGUGCUGGUGUCGGACGAGGAAGUAAUGGAAGAAGUUAGCGAGGCGUUGCUUCAGGGGAGCACUUCAAUUCACGGUUCAGAAUCGACAGACGAAACCCCCGAGCAAUCUUAGAGCGGGACAACCCAGGUCGACUUGAAACAACCUACCUCGUACGAAAAGACAUCGGACAGCAAAUUAAAGCCAUCGCUUGCAACCACAGUACGAACGAAGGACGAAUAGGGACACGCAGCUCGAACCGGAAAUCGCGAAAUAAAAUUAAUUCCUGCGCUUUCUAUGACGCGAAAAUACGAUUUUGCAAUAACGGCGCAUGUAAGUAAGAUACAAAAAAUAAGCAUAUUUUCUUAAUAUUAAUAAAUCAUUUGUAUU